AUGGCUACGCCUCCGCGAGGACGUCUGCAGGGCAAGAAUGCCAUCAUCACGGGUGCCGCAGGAGGCAUUGGCCUCGAGACGAGCAUCCUCUUCGCCCGUGAAGGCGCCGCCGUCCUGAUGGCCGACAUCUCGGAGCCCGCGCUGGAGAAGGCCCUGGCCAAGGUGAAGGAGCUGGUGCCGGACGCCGUGCGCGUCGAGACCUUCCGCUGCGACGUCUCCAAGGAGGCGGACGUCAAGGCCCUGGUCGAGGCGCAGGACAGCUGGGGCGGCACCGACGUCAUGUUCAACAACGCGGGCAUCAUGCACGCCGAGGAUGCGGACGCCAUCGACACGCCCGAGAAGAUCUGGGACCUGACGCACAACAUCAACGUCAAGGGCGUCUGGUACGGCUGCAAGCACGCCGUGCUCAGUCUGCGCCGCCACAAGAAGACCAAGGGCAGCAUCAUCAACACCGCCAGCGUCGUCGCCCUGGUGGGCAGCGCCACGCCGCAGCUGGCGUACACGGCCAGCAAGGGCGCCGUGCUGGCCCUGACGCGCGAGCUGGCCAUUGUUCAUGCUCGCGAGGGCUUCCGAUUUAACGCGCUGUGCCCGGCCCCGUUGAAUACUCCCCUCCUCCAGGACUGGCUGGGCGACGACCAGGCCAAGCGCUUCCGCCGCGAAGUGCACUUCCCGACUGGCCGAUUCGGCGAGGCCAUCGAGCAGGCGCACGCGGUGGUCUUCCUGGCCAGCGACGAGAGCAGCUUCGUCAACGGGACGGACUUUGUGGUGGAUGGAGGAAUGACCAAGGCAUACGUCACUCCGGAAGGACCUGCGACGACACCGCCGCAGAACCUGGGUCGAUGA